CCAGGCCUGUGGCAAAAUCGAAAAUUCAAAAUGGCUGCUCGAGUAGGACUUUUACCGACGAUUGGAAAAUUGCAAUCUUCCUUCCUGUACAGGGCAUGGCCCAAGCAUUCCAUUAAUGCAAAGCAACUAGCCCGGCAACUGUCUUCCUAUCAUGAUAUCAAGUCUAGUAACUUGCUUAUUGAGAAAACAAACAAACCUAAGCCCAAACCAGACCCCAACACGUUAGUAUUUGGAAAAGAGUUUACAGACCAUGCCCUCAUCGUGAAGUGGUCAGACGAAGAUGGUUGGGACAACCCACAGAUUAUACCAUAUGGGAACUUGUCACUUCCACCAGCAGCCUCGGCCCUACACUACGGCCUUGAGUGUUUUGAGGGUAUGAAGGCAUACAGGGGUGAUGAUGGCAAGAUUAGGAUGUUCCGUCCACUGAUGAACAUGAAGAGAAUGAACAAUUCUGCCGCUCGGGCUUGUCUACCAACGUUCAACAGUGGGGAGAUGGUCGAAUGCAUCCGUAAGUUAAUCCAUCUGGAGAGAGAAUGGGUACCACAUUCCAACACUUGUUCUUUAUACAUCAGGCCAACCAUGAUCGGGACACAGGCAUCCCUUGGGGUAAACAAGGCUAACAGUGCCAUGCUGUUCGUAAUACUCUCUCCUGUUGGGCCAUACUUCAGGACAGGUACCUUCAACCCUGUGGCUCUGCUUGCCGACCCCCAUUAUGUGCGGGCGUGGCCUGGUGGCGUAGGUGACUGCAAAAUGGGCGGAAAUUAUGCCCCCACAAUCUUGGCUCAACAGAAUGCUGAACGGCAAGGUCUUCAGCAGGUCCUAUGGCUCUUUGGAGAGGACCAUCAGAUAACAGAAGUCGGCACAAUGAACAUGUUCAUGUUUUGGAUAAAUGAAAAUGGAGAGAAAGAGCUUGUCACCCCACCCCUAAAUGGUCUGAUUCUCCCAGGUGUGACUAGAGACUCGUUACUAGCCCUGGCUAAACGAUGGGGUGAAUUCAAGGUGACAGAGAGGACGUUUAAUAUGCAGGACGUUCUGAUGGCUACAGAAGAGAACAGGAUGCUUGAAAUGUUUGGGUCUGGCACAGCGUGUGUUGUUUGCCCUAUCAACAGAAUAUUCUAUCAAGGAAAAAAUAUCAUGAUUCCAACAAUGGAAAACCUGAAUGUGACAAAGAGGGUCUAUGAUGAGCUCACAGGCAUCCAGUACGGACGGCAGGAGGGACCAAAAGACUGGAUCGUCAUGGUCGACUAGCGCCUUCGUAACCCUAGGCACGCCAGGAAAAAGAAAAUAUUAGCGUGGAUCAAGCAUAUUCAUAAGCCGAGCUUCAUCUUUAUAUAAUAGAGGGCUCUAUGCUUGGAACCCUGUAGAACUGUGCGGAUGUAAACAACAACAAAUACUUUGUUUUAAGUUGAAACGUCGUAUUAUCUAUGGGCCGUAUUCAAUGCAAAUACAUGCAAAUGAAUCAAGUCGAUUGUUUUAUCUUCAUUUGCAUGUAUUUGCAUUGAAUACGGCUCAUAUGGAUUAUACGACGUUUGAACUUGAAAGAACAACAAACAAACUAAACAAGAACAAAUGAAAAACCCUCUAAGAUGCAUCGACUUCGAACUUGCUAACUGCUCCUCUCUCCUCGAUCCCCUCCCCCCUCCCUCCCAUCUCGCCCCCCCCCCCCCUCCCUCCUAUCCCGAUCAAGUUCGGUGUCGGUGAAUCCCCAAAUCCCAACACUUUGACUAGAAGCUCAGAUGUUGUCGUUAGCGUCUAUACAAAUCAACCAGAUUUUAUAAUGGUUGUUAUUAAUAAAUGUUAAAAAUGA